CGAAGAAUUACCAAAACGUCUUUGAUCACUGAGCGCAACUAUCCUGUCUCUUUAGGAUGAUCCGAUAACUAGGUAGAUGCUUGGCAUAAUCUCGUAAUUCGGUAUUUAAGUACACUAACACUGGGGUAUUGCCAUCAUGAUAGCCUGUUGGUGUUACGUACGUUGCAGGGGAGACGCCUAUCAUUCCAAAUUUCAAAGCCCAACAAACCUUGCAACCAUGUGAUGACUUACAGUCAGACUCAAUAUGCCACCCUACAAGAUUUGACAAUGAAAAUAGUAGUGGAACCGACAAUCAAGACGGGAAACAUACUGCAUGUAUAACUACAUAGUAGAUAGCUAACCAAGAUAAAUAUAUUUUAGCAGAGGUUCCGAGUUCUAGAACCUUCAAUUCUAUCUCGUCGCAUCUCUUGAUCCAGUCUGAGCCGUAGUCAAGAUGAAGUUCUCCAGCAUUGCCUCUGCCUUGGCCCUCACAGCCUCUGUGGCCGCCGCGCCCAAGAAGGGCUGCCCAAGCAACUCGACGUUGCCCUACACCACCAUUGCCGGUGUAAAGGUCGUCGACACGCCCCUUGUGCGUCAAGCCCGUGAGCUCAUGGAGGCCAAUUUCGAGCCGUUCCUCAUCCGUCACGUAUACCGAACAUGGCUAUUCGGCGCUGCAACGAUAAACAACAACGCGACACUGGCUGCCAAGAUCGACGCCGAGGCACACGCUAUUGCUUGUCUUCUUCACGAUGUCGGUUGGGAUACAAGGGACAACUCCCCCUUUACCUCGAAUGACAAGCGCUUCGAGGUUGACGCGGCUAUAUACACCGUCAACUUCCUCAGAGAUAACGGCGUCCAGGGCGAGUGGAAACCUCGUCGAACUAACCCUGUGUGGACCGGUAUUGCCCUGCACGCUACCUCGAGCAUUGGGCUGUAUAGCGAGGAUCUCAUGACAAAUUUCAUUAUUGAAAGCAUCAACAUGGACCAUCCCGGACCUCAUCCCAAAUUUGCUGUCGAGACCUACGACGACAUCGUCGCCGCAUACCCCAUGGACGGGCUAGGCGAGGGCACAAACAGAGCUUUCGCUCAUAUCGCUUCAUACAAACCUGAAGUGACGUACGAUACUUUCCUCGAGCCCUGGGGUGUCGCCUACGUCGAGGGCUAUAACCCAGUCGGCCACCGCUUGUUCGACCGUGGCAACGUCAACGUCUCAUCACCUGUACCCAUGAGGCGGAAUGUCCACGGGAUGUAAUCAGGCAGCUACAUCCACGUCUAGAACACGAUACCAAUAACUUCGAAAUCGAGAGCGCUUAGGCUGAAUCCAUCUACGAGACUCGAUAAUACACCUAGCAAUAGGUACCACUAUAUUCGAGACUGGGAGUCUGAGGCCAAGACCAUCCGAGAAGAGGAGAACACAACAGGGCUCUGUCCCUGAAGUAAAUUCUUGUACAAAAUCUAUGGCCUACGCACAAUGCGUUUCAAAGGUCACACCUAUACACACCUGUAUAUACCUACAAACAACGCGAUAGACAUUUCUGAAGCGUUUGACUUAGCUCUAAUUAGAUGGUGACGAAAUUCAUCAUGACAGUGACACAUCCACAACUUCUCUUUUGUAACAGAAACCAAAUUCAAUGUAUAUUAAUCAAGAACGCGCGUAUAGCUACGUAUUAGACCGAGACG